UACAAGCAGCACAGCCCUGGCUGUCUCUCAAUCCUGUGCUUUCUGCCCUGUUAUCUCUCUGACCUUUGAAAAUGCCUCUCUCCCUCACUUCUGCAGCCAGACGCCCUCAAAGGGAGGGUGCUUUGCUGGGAAGCUGAGGGGAGGGGGGCCUGGGGAUUAUCAGGGCCCAUCUCUCUGCCUGUUCCCCUCCCGCCGUGUGCCUUGUAGCCCCUCUCCCUGGUAACCUGAAGGCUGGCAGGCACUGAAUAGCAAGCCUCUGGCUGCCCCUGACCAUACUAUUCAAACAUCCAACGGGAAGGUGAGAGCUGUGGGUGCAGAGGCAGGGAAACCCUCCCCUUGCAUCUCCCCAGUGCCUCCGCCCCUCCAGAGGGCUCCAAGGAGACAGGCUGGAGUGAGGCCGUGGGAAGGCUCGGGAGCUCCCAACUCCUCUGCAACGCUCCCCUCUCCCAGCCCAGUUGCCAUCCCUACCCUCCUGGCUGUCCCCUCCCUCAAGGCAGGGCCCAGGCUCUCCCAGACAAAGCCAGGUCUAACUGGAGAGUGAGGGGCGAAGGCCACUCUGCCUGGCUGGCUGAGGGGCACAGGGCAAGGCAGAGCCUAGGGCAGGUUGGGUCACAGUGGUGCCCGGAGCUCCUGGGGUCUCCCUUGGACAGCUGAGAACUCUUCGCCCGGCUGGGGACUGCGGAGGGCUGGCUCUGAGCGCUGCCCCAAGGACUGAAGCCUGGACCUGCUUUGCUGGCCUGAUAGGGUCUCCAGAUCCAUGGGAAGGCCUUGAAAUAACAUUAGGACUAGUAGGAUUGAGACUUUUCCCACUUCCGAAUGCCCUUUUCUUACUCCCAGCCAAGCACUGCCCUGGAUAGGACAGACGGACGGGCAGUUUUCUCCUCCUGGGACACGGUGGUGGGCACACCCCGUCCUUCUUCCCUGCUCAGAUUCAAGGAAGGGCCACCCCACGUAUGGCCUGGCCAGAGCACUCCCUAGGCCUGAUGCCUGAGAGGCAGAGGCCCUGGGCAGCUAGCUGGGCAUGAGAGUUUCCAUCUGGGAGCUGGGAGGGGUCAUGUCCUGUCUGGAAAUGCUGGAAGGAGUGUGGUGGGAACUGGGUGGGGGGUGGGGGGUGCACUGGAUGCCCUCAGUCGCCGGGCACAGGGGAGGCUGCAGGCGGGAGGAGGCUGUGUACAGGCAGCCGGGAGUUAGGUCCUGUGGCUGCUGGUGGGUGCCUGGGGAGCGUGGGGCUGGGCCGCCCCUCUCCACUCCCCUCUGCCUGCUGAUUUGGACUCUGCAGCCCACAUGCAGAGCCUCGGCAGGGCACGACCUAAAGCCCUUCCUUCUGUCUGGUGUUGGCGCUAGACCUUGACUGAGUUAGCAUAAGCUGCAAGUUGGGAAAAGGAGGGAAAUCUGUUACCCAUCAGGCUCAUGAAAGUCUCCAAGGUCAAAGAGAAAUAGAUGAUUAUUUCUUAUUAGACCCCCCUUUUGGAUUUCCUGUCCUGUGUUUGUAGAAAUCACAGAUCACAAACGCUGGCCUGGAAGCUGGAUGUAGCCUCCUUAUGCAUUUUGUUUGGCCUGUUGUAGUAUUUUCAAUAUUUGAAAAUUCAUUUCGAUUUUUUAAAAAAUCAAGUUUGUCUGUCCUUUGCAGUGUCUUUUUUCCCCCCUCUCUCAACCAGAUUUGAAUUAGUUGCCAAUAUUUAAACAUCAGGAACGUUUGCCUAAAAAGUCCAGAUUUCUGGUUUCUCUCGGGAACCUGGAAGGGGACCACAGGGGCUUGCCUUCCGGCAUUCCAUCAGCCUGGCCGAGGCCCCUCGGCCUCAGCUCUCCAGGUAGGCCUGCCCACCUGUCCCGCUGGUCACAUGUUAUCUACCAUCUGCGCUCUGUAAGCAUUUUAAUUUGCAGCCAGAAGCUCAGCUUGACUUUCCAGCUACAAGGACCACCUGCCGUCCUCCCUCUAGGGGGAUGAUCCUAAGUGAUAACAGGAGCCAUGAGCACAGAGGGCCCCAGCCCCCUCGCCUUCCUCACAGCUCCUGUCACUCCGGGGAGGCUCUCAGUGGCAGUUGACCCCAUCCCCGUGCUCAUUGCCCUGGCCUGCAUCUUCCUCCUGCUGGCCACCUGUCUGCUGUUCAUGACCCUCUGCAAGCCCGCUGCGCUGGAGCCGAGGCGCCGCUGGGCCUGCGAGUGCAUGCCGCACCACCCGGGGAGCCCCAGUGAGCCCCAGCUCCGGCUCUGGAAGCGCCUGGGCUCGCUGCGCCGCUCCCUGCACAGCUUCCGCCGUGGCUGGCCUGCCCCAAGGCGCCCCCUGACGGGCAGAGAGGACCACGACGACUGUGACUCCAUAGAAUCUACAAAGAUGUGACAAGAGUGUCCCCCCACUCCAGGGUCCAUCUGCAGGCCCUCCUGCCUCAGACGGAAACCGGCACCACAGGCUGCAAGAGGACAGUGGCCCAAACAACAUGGGCCACGCGCUCACCCCCACGGGUUCCCUGUGUGCCCAGGCCCGUGGCCUUUCCCAGAGACGGCCCCUGCAAGAACACCUUCCUUCCUGCAGACACUCUAGCUGCUGCCUGCUGGAAGACUCCUGGACCAAGCUGAGCGCCUGCAGCCAUGGGGACCCUUGGCCCAAGGCUCUGAACGGUACAAACCUGGGGCCCCCAGGGCCCCUCUCUGACCACCAGGCACCAACCGUCUCCAGGAAGCAGCGCCCCUGCUUCCCAACAGAAGCCCUGCCCGCCCUCCAGGUGCCAAAACCCAGCUCAGAUUCCAGUGCGAGUUGCUGAAUGGCCAAAGGUUCCCUCCAGCCAAGUGAAAUACUCAGCCCCUGCUGGGGAUAAGGGAGUGUCCUGCCCUCUGUGCCAACUCAGUGCCCAAGGCAAAGCGGAACCCAGGGAGUCUUCUCCUCGGACUUCCUGGGCCUGCCAGCAUUUGCCUGUGAUACACGGGAGCAGCCAGCACCCUUGGGUGGAUCAGAUGCUGGGUCCCUGCUGGGAGGAGGGGCAAGCAGGAGGAGCUCAACACCACCCAGCCAAUCACAAUCUCGGCUGUCAUCUUGGCGUGCCCCCCCCCCACCCGGCCCCCGUGCGCCUCUGCUAAGAUGGAUGAGGAACGCGCUGAGAAUGAGUUAAGAAGCUCCUUGCACAGGCCAGGACUGGUCCUGUGUCAGAGUGGGAGGAGGCACUGCCAGCAGCUGGAGGUGUUGCUAUCUGGGCUCUGAGGACACAACAUAGCGGCUCCAUGCGUCACCCAGGGAAGGAGGCGGCCUUCCUUCGAGGGGAAGGGUCCAGCUCUCUCCAGGACAGCUGUGGGCCCUCAGGCUCGGACCACAUAACGUGUGAUAUCUGUAUUUUUGGCCACUGCUUCACUGACUGGCUACUGUCAAAGUAAUCCCACACCAAGGUGGGCUUCUCAGAAUCCCAAACCUUCAGCCUCUCGUCACAAUGCUGGGGUUAAACACUUUGGUUGGGUCCCAAAUUUGGAGGGUGGGCAGAGGGGUCUGAACUGCCCAUCUUCUGCCCCAGAGAGUCAUCUGGCCAGGGCCACCUGGUACCCCACCACGGACUGCUCCACCGCGCCGUGCUACGCCCCAUAGCACAGCCAGCCGAGUCUCCUCACAGGGUGAGCUCCGAUUUUGUCAUCCCCGGCUCCAAAACCUUCACUGGCUCCCUACUGCCAGGUCAAGCCAGAGCUCCUUCGUCCGGUGUUUGCUGCCCACUGGGAGCUGGCAGUGAAUGAUCCUUCUAGCCUCUUCUUGACCCAAGACUCCAGGUAAACUGAAAUACCUGUCCUCCCCUGGCUACGGCUUACCUGGCACGCCCUCUGUGAAGCCCUCUUUGCUCUACACCUGAAACCACCUCCUACCUGAAACCAAGGGAGGGCAGGGACAGUUGCUCUUGGCAGUGUGGGUCAUCCCCAUGUCUCCGCCUUCCCACAAGCCUGGGAGCUCCCAGAGAGCGAGACCGCAUCCAACCCCUCACUCUCUGCCUCACCAGCUCUGGGCUCAGAAGUAUGGGGCCUCUGUUGACUGAGUGAAGGGUGGCCCCGUCUAGUCCCGGGGGGCAUCCCCUUCUUCCUUCUGAUGCCUCUACGGAGAAGCUCUCUGUCCAAGCAGGCCCUCUUGGACAGGCCCAGUGUACCUUCCUUUUGGGUCAGCCUGACAUCACAUCAAAGAGCGAGCCCGCCUUGGCCAGAAACUUACUUCCAGGGGGGCCUUGGAGAAAUCACCAGUGCCUGAAUUUCUCCCUGAGAAACGGGAAGAAUCAGGCCUGCCUUAUAUUACUCACAGAGCUCUAGGAUUUCAGUCUGAGUAGUUUGUAUAAAUAGAAACCAAUUCUUGGGGUUUAGAAAGUGCACAGGCCCCCUCCUGCAGCGCUGUGUCCCCCUCCCUUCCAGAUUAGUGACGCCUCCCUGCUUUGCCUCCCACCAGCUCUCCCUGAGGCAUCCCAGGCUGAACUCUGCCUGCAGCCGGUCCCCCGACCCCCGCUGGCCAGCGUGCUCUGCCUAGCACGUGGUGUCACCGGGGUGGGCAGCAAGGCUACCCCCGACCUGAAGGACGAAAAGCUGGGGAGGAGGAGGGGCUCUCAAAGGCUGCCAGACCUCCAGCUGUGUCCCCAGGUUGGUCCUGGGAGACCUGUGUGAGCUGGGGGAGGCGGGUGUUAGGUUUUAGGCUAGGGGAGAGGCGGGGCCCCACAGCUUGGUGCUUGUGGGGUGUCUCUAAGCCCCUAGGAGCUGAGGCUCAGACCCCUUUUCUAGAACCAGCCCCCAGAGUCCAGCAACCCCCCGUGGCUUCCUGGACUCUCUCUCAGCACCUCUGGAAGUCAGCACCCUGCCCCCGGCGCCCCUCCUGCCCCACGCCCGGCCCUGAUGCAGGGAGGGGGCACACUCCCAGCUUCCUGCUCUCCUGCCCCUCCUAAGCCCCGGAGCCCGGCCCAGCGGGCAGGCCCAGAUUCGCUCUGUUGGGCUCAGCCUCCAAUGGGAAACCCUGCGCUCAGCUGGUGAAGAGGGUGAUUCAUGCCCGGCCUCCCUCCCCAUGCAGCAACUGAGGCCUCCAGGGAGGGCUGGGGAGGGCACCCAGCCUCCUUUCCAGGUCCCCCCCUUCCUCCCUCGAGGCCCAAGGCUGUCGCUCCUGCUCCCCGGGCAAAGGAGCCCUUUCUUUUUGUGCCGGUUUAUUUCCCAAGAGGGGAGCUUCAGCCAAAAGCCCUGUGAAAGCAGCUCUGUUCCGGGCCUCACUGGGCCCUGGCUUUCUCUCCUCACUCCUUUCUGGGAAAACGUGACACCUCUAGCUCCCCCUGCUCUGAAAGGCCUUUCUGGGUGCAGUGGGGGAUGGGAGAGGACUGUGGGGGAGGGAGGGAGGAGAGGAGGGCCGAGGCCCUCCUUCUGUUUUGCAGGGAGCAAGGGCCCAUCUUGGGCUACAUAACCUCGGGGCCUACUCUCCCCAGGAGGGAGAAGGGAGCCUGGGCCCCCCCUUGGCCACAGCGCCGGCUACUUUUGGAGCAGCAGCUGGACCCUCUCCUAUUUCCAUCCCGCUCUGCUGCGAGGCCACUGAGCGCGUGGCCCUGCCUGUGCCCCGGCCGCCACCUGCCUGCACGAUGCUGUGGCCCUCAGGGAUGUCCUCGGGGACGCUGGCUUCAUAGCUGCUCUGCAGAAAGAUGGGCCGGUUGUCAUUCACAUCCAGGACGGUGACAAACACGGUAGCCGUGCCUGUGCGCCGCUUGCCCACGGGGCCAUUGUCUGUGGGAGGUGAAAGAGGAUGGGUGUUAGCAGCUGCCUGAGGGGCACGUUCCCGGGCACCAGCCGCAGGUAUGCCCUGUUCCCCCACCUGCUCUGGCCUUUGCAAGGGGGGGGCUCUUUUUCUCUUUAGAUUAGGAACAACACUGACCGUAUCUAAUACGUUCCAGACGCUAUUCUAACUCAUUCAAUCCUCACAGCAAGCCUGCCAAGCGGGCGCUCUUAUCAUCACCCCCAUUUUACAAAGGAGGUAACCGAGGCAUGAGGUGGGUUGAAUGGUGGCCCCCAAAAGAUACAGCCAUGGCAAAUCCCUGGGAACCUGUACGUGUAACCUUAUUGGGAAGAAGGGUCUUUGAAGAUGUAAUUAAGUUAAGGAUCUUGAGAUGAGGUAUCCGGUAUCCUGGAUUUUCUGGGUGGGCCAUAAACCCCAUGCCAAGGGUCCUUAUGAGGGAAAGGCAGGUGGGAUUUGACACAGAGAGGAGAAGGCCAUGUGACGUUGGAGGCAGAGACUGGAGUUCUGCAGCCACGUGCAAGGAACCCUUAGAGCCACCAGAAACCGGAAGAGGCAAGGAUUCUCUCCUGGAGCCUCUGGAGGGAAUGCAACCCUGUGGACAACUACUUUUGAACUUCCGGCCUCCAGAGCCGUGAGGGAAUAAAUUUGUUCUUUAAGCCACC